AAUUAUCAUGUAGGAGUCAAACGCAGCACUCGACACGGCUCCGUCGGGCAGACAACAACAUUUUACGAAAUGUUAUUCGUCUUCAUUUGUUUUUGUCUCACCACUUUGGCGUAUGGCGCCGAAUUCACAUUACCCGGUGAAUGUCCUGAUGUGAAAAUCCACGACAAACUAGAUUAUACGAAAUUUUCAGGGCUCUGGUACAAUGUGGGUAGUUAUGCAAGCGAUGGACGUAGUAUUUAUGACUGCGCCUCCCUCGAUUUCCAAGAAGACAACCUAGGCUAUACUCUACGAGAGACCUACGUGGAUCUGGACCAGGGGAACAGAACUCAGAAGUCGUAUUUCGCAAGGGUUGAUCCAACGUUUGACGCUGGCAAUAAGGCACAAUUCAUAGUCAGCCAUGAGGAUGGAGAUAAAGUUCUUCAAUUCCCCUUCUUCAUACUGUCUACAGACUACGAUAGCUACGCCAUAGCGUAUACCUGCAAAACUUUGAAGAAGAAACUCCGAACACACUAUGUUUUCACAUGGGUCCUAACGCGAGCCAAGGAACGCCUUCAAGGGGACACCUUGAAAAACGUGGAAAAUGCUUUAUCACAAUAUUCAGAAUUGGCCGAACACAGAAAAUCGUUCGUUUUGAAAGACUUCAGCGUGGAAUCGUGCGCGUUCACCAAUAAAUUCGAAACCGAUUUCUUUACUAGUAACUUUUGGUAGUGAUUAAAUUAUUUAACGAUUAAAACAUUUUUCUCUUUACCCGACUAGGAGGGUUAUGA